UGUCCAUCACCAUCUCUAGUUUUAGACAUUUCGACAUUUGUGAUCCGUGUUUUGUGGUUAUGUUUAUGUGAAAAGUGUGCUUUGCUUAGGCGGCUCAUUUUCAAAAUAAAAUAUUGAUAGUUUUUGACUUUCAGAUUUUAUAAAUGGAUUUAGAAGGGAAUUAUUCUGCCUCAGACUCGGAAAAUGAAUACGACGAAAGAGAAAAGCAGCUUCUUACAAAAGUGCGACACGGCCAGAAACAAUAUUCAGACAGCGAAGAUGAAGUUUUUGGAGUUGGAUCAGACUCAGACAACAAAAGUGACCUAGCUGCAAGCGAUAUAGAGGAGGACAAAGACCAUUUGCCAGAUAUAAGGGCUUGGGGUAAAGAUAAAAGGCAGUACUAUAAAACAGAUUAUGUGGAUGCAGAUUAUGGAGGAUUUGAAGGCAAAGAUGCACAUCUUGCUGAGCAAGAAGAAGAGGAAGCUAGGAAUUUACAAAAACAGCUUGCUCACCAACUUGAUGAGGAUGAUUUUUCUUUAGAUACAUUGAGUAAGAAAACUCCAGUAACUGAAAAACAGGCUGAGGAAAUAGUCAAGACAGAUUUUUCUAAAUUAUCUUCCCGGCAAAAGAUUCAACUUUUGCAAAAGGAGUCUCCAGAGCUUUUCAGCCUAAUAGAAGAUUUUGAAGCUAAAAUGAAAGUAGGAAAAGACUAUCUACAUCCUACUAUACAGCGAUACAAAAACGGAAAAUUACCAAACUGCAAUGCAGUAGAAUUUGUACAGACAUACUACGAGCUGAUUUUGAAUUACUGCACAAACAUCUACAUGUACUUACUUUUAAAAGCAUCCAAAACAGCCAACAUUCAAAACCACCCAGUCAUUAAAAGGCUCUAUCAAUACCGCCAAUUGCUCCUCCAGCUUGAGCCAGUGUUUGAAGAGGCCAUCAAACCCCAGAUAGAAUUACUGCUCCAGGACAAUGAGGGAAGUGUCGGCAAGGAGCAGGUAAAGAAAAAGGCAACAUUGAAAUUACUUUCUAAUUUGAAAGAAAAGAGGGGACAGUUGAGCAAAAAGAAAGGUGAGGGUGGACUUCAAUCAAAUAGAGACAGUAUAUCAGAUGGUGAUGAACAAGAUGAAUUUUCGAAAAAAAGAAAGAAGAGUAAAGUGAGGUUUGACCUUGAAGCAAAGGUGUCAAAAACAAAUAAAAAAGAAGAGUUGAACAAUAAGGAAGCUAAGUCUGAAGCUGAAGACAGAAAACUAAACAAGGAGUAUGAAGAAGAUAUGAAUGAUUCUGAACUCUCUGAUGGCAAUGCUGACCAAGAAAACAAUAAAUCUGAUGAUAAAGGAAUGAAGAGACCAAUAAAUUACCAAAUAGCAAAAAAUAAGGGACUGACGCCAUAUAGGAAGAAAGAACAUAGAAAUCCAAGGGUGAAACACAAGCUGAAGUAUAGGAAAGCAAUUAUUAGGAGGAAGGGUGCUGUAAGAGAAGUGCGUAAAGAGCUGAAGCGAUACGAUGGAGAAAUAUCUGGUAUCAAAACGUCGGUAUCGAAGAGUGUUAAGAUAAAAACAUAAUAGAUUUUAUCUUGACAUAUUCUGUUCAAUGUUUUACUAUUUGUCACUAUGUCAGACACACUUGAAAAUGUAUAAUAGCAUUGAAAAAUGUGCGUUUGCAAUAUAUAUAUUCUCUAUAUGUUCAAUAAAAUGAAUCCUAAACCACUA